AUGAGAAGAGGAUUGGAUUUGUGCGAACCUGAUUCGUUUCUUCUUGGUGACUGUUUUCAGAGCACAGUGAAAUGGUUGGUCACUAACGACCAGACUAGGGCUUUAAACCUUCGAAAACGUGGGAUGCUGAUUUGUUUUCAUGGUUGUAAGAACCGCACCGGCUGUUCGUUUGUUUCCUUUGUUGAUCUCAACAUGGUGCAGCAAUCGCUGAUAUACAGCUUCGUCGCGCGGGGCACGGUGAUCCUGGCGGAGCACACCGACUUCGGUGGAAACUUCACGGAGGUAGCUUUGGAGUGCCUUCGGAGGCUCCCAGCUUCCAACACCAAGUUCACCUAUAACGCCGAUGGCCACACCUUCAACUACCUCACCAAUAAUGGAUUCACUUUCUGUGUUGUAGCGGUGGAAUCCGUUGGUCGCCAACUUGCAAUGGCAUUUCUUGAACGCAUCAACGAGGACUUUACCAAGAGAUAUGGUGGAGGAAAAGCUACCACGGCCACUCCUAAAAGCUUAACCAAAGAAUUCGGACCUAAGUUGAAGGAACAUAUGCAGUAUUGUGUGGAACACCCAGAAGAGGUUAGCAAACUUGCGAAAGUGAAAGCUCAAGUUUCUGAAGUCCAACAAGUUAUGAGGGCAAACAUUGAUCAGGUUCUUGAUCGUCAAGUAAAGAUUGAUGUUUUACUGAGUCAAACUGAGGAUCUUCGCGAUCAGAAACCCUACAAAUUCAGGUGUAAACGUGACGUUCUUCUAGAUAACAGCAUUUCUUCCAGAAACCCUCCUCACGCAUUUGAAAAUGUAUCGCAGCAAAGUUUGAAAAAGCAUGAAACGGUAGGGCGCGGUGUGGCAUAUCCGUAA